AUGAAUUAUCGUAUAAAAUUUCCAUUUUCUAAUGCUGUUAAAGAAUUGGCUAAUUUGAUUUUUGAUAAAAACUACGAAGUUGCCUAAAAACAAAUCAAUAAAAUUCUUUACGAAGAUCAUAUUUUUAAAAGGAAGUCACAUGAAUACAUUAGAUUAUUGCACUAUUAAUCCAUUUUAUAAGUAUACGAUCGAAAUUACUAAGAUGCAGAAAUCAACUUACAAAAUGCCAUGCUACAAUCAAAAUUUCUGAAUGAGAAAGCAUAUCAUACUUAUUUGUAAAAUAUUCAAUAGAAAUAAGAACUUUGUAUUAUUAACUAAUUUCUUUUACUAAUGUUAAUGAAAUACAUUGGAAAAUUAAGUAAAUAAAGAAACAGAAUGAAUUCUCCGAUUUAUCAUCGAAAGCCUAGGGCAAAAUUAUGAACUCUUUAGCCGUAAAUUCUUAAAUUUUUAACAUAGAUUGGCAACAUAUUUUCAACUACUGCUUCUGUAGGAGAUAGUAUAGAAUUAUUAAAGAAAACAGCUGAAUCGUGCCCAGAAUUAUUAUGUAAUUAUUGAGAUUAAAAUAGUUACUUAUUAUUACAAUAUUGCAGCUAUUUCUUAUUUGUUUGAUCAAUCUUAAGAAAAGAAUGAUAUCAUAAUUGAUAAUCUAAUUAAAUGCUAUACCAGUCUGAGAUAAAACACAUAAGAGAUUAAUAAUUUAGAAGAUUUAUGGAUUUAAUAUAACUUGAUAGAAGAAAAUGAAUUGACUAUAAGGGAUGUAAAAAUAUUGUUGUUGUUGUCUUAACACUUAUUUUCAAAUAAAUAAACUAAAUUAGCAUUAUAGUUCUUGAAUUUAAGUAACAAAAUUAUAAGUACCAAUUCUGCUUGCGAAAUAUAUAAGCCAGAGAUGCAAUUUAUAUAUGCAGCCUAUUUUCUGGAUUAGAGAUAAGUUCAAAAUUGCACUGACAUAUGUCGAUCCUUAUUAAAGACAGAUGUUCAUCCUGUAAUUAUUUGAUUCAAUUUUAGCUGCAAGAUCAAAUCAAAUUAAAUGCUUUAAGACUUGCAAAUAAAUCUACUACUGUCACUUCAAACAAGCCAGUAGUAACCUCAUAAGCUAAAACUAAAAAGGCUUAUAGAGAAGCCAAGUUGAAAAAUGAAUUUGAAAACAUUGAGGCACAAGAAUAGGAAUUAUUAAAAAAGUUCAAACCUCAAAAACCUUCAGCUUAUUACUUUUAAUUUGAUUCUGAUUUCAAAGAAAUAUUUAAUAGUAAAUUUAUUGAAAUCGAUAUUAAAUUAACCUUAGCAUAACAGUUUAAGUGA